AUGGGCCGCCUAGACAGGCUGCUCGUGGAGAACUUCAAGUCGUGGCGCGGCCACCAGGUCCUCGGGCCCUUCCGCAACUUCACCUGCAUCGUCGGUCCCAACGGCUCCGGCAAGUCAAACGUGAUGGACGCGCUGAGUUUCGUGAUGGGCGAAAAGCCCAACAACCUGCGCGUGAAGACGGUCCAGGAGCUCAUCCACGGCGCCCACGUGGGCAGGCCCGUGGCGGCCAGCGCCAGCGUGAAGGCCGUGUAUGUGGAGGAGGACGGCGAGGAGAAAACCUUUACCCGGAUUAUCCGGGGAGGAUCAUCAGAAUAUCAUUUUAAUGACAGUUCUGUCAACCGUUCUGCCUAUGUAGCAGAGUUGGAAAAAAUUGGCAUAAUUGUCAAAGCCAGGAACUGCCUAGUUUUUCAGGGCACUGUAGAAUCUAUUUCGAUGAAAAAACCCAAAGAAAGGACUCAGUUUUUUGAAGAAAUUAGUAAUUCAAAGGAGCUUAUUGAAGAAUAUGACAGAAAGAAGAAAAAGGUACAGAAAGCUGAAGAGGACGCCCAGUUUAAUUUUAAUAAGAAAAAGAACGUGGCUGCUGAACGCAAACAUGCCAAGUUGGAGAAAGAAGAGGCCGACCGCUACCAGGUCCUCCUCGAGGAACUGAAAGAGAAGAAGAUACACCUGCAGCUUUUUCAGCUUUACCACAAUGAGAAAAAAAUUCAUUUUCUGACCGGUGAACUAGAUGAAAUGAACAGGAAAUUGGCUCUCACAAAAGACUCCGUCUCUGCUGAUGAAAACAUAGUGAAAAACAAGAAGAAGGACCUUGGAAAGUUAACCAGAGAACUUCAGCAAAUGGAAAAGGAGAUGAAGGCUCUGGAUGCAGUAUUGAAUCAGAAGAGGCCCCAGUACAUCAAGGCCAAGGAGAAUACCUCACAUCACCUCAAGAAGCUGGAGAUGGCCAAGAAGUCCAUCAAGGUCAGUGAGAAGCAGUGUGCCAAGCAAGAAGAUGAUAUCCAAGCCCUGGAAAAAGAGCUGCAAGAAUUAGACGGGAGCUGGAGGAACUUUGAGAAGCAGAUUGAAGAAGAGAAACUGCGUCGUGGUAGGGACAUCGAGCUGGAAGCCAGUCAGCUGGAUCAGUACAAGGAACUUAAGGAACAAGUGAUCAAGAAGGUGGCGACCAUGACGCAGCAGCUGGAAAAGCUGCAGUGGGAGCAGAGGGCAGAUGAGGAGAGACAGGCCUUUGGGGAGAGGCGGCGAACAGAAGUUCAGGGAAAUUUAAAGCAAAUAAAGGAACAAAUAGAAGACCAUAAUAAACGCAUAGAGAAAUUGGAGGAAUAUACAAAUACUUGCAUCAAUUGUUUGAAAGAGAAAACCCAACAAGAAGAAACCCUCGUUAAGGAAAUUGAGGAGUCCAAACUCAGAAUGGUCAAAGUGAAUGAAGAAUUGAGUUUCAUCAGAAUGGAGUUACAGGAUGCACGCAUUGAUCAUCAUGAAGGAAAGCGCCAGCAAAAGAAAGUAGAGAUUCUGGAGUGCAUGAAAAGGCUUUAUCCCGAGUCUGUGUUUGGCAGACUCCUUGAUUUAUGUCAUCCCAUUCAUAAGAAGUACCAGCUUGCUGUGACCAAACUCUUUGGCAGAUACUUAACAGCUAUUGUGGUAGUUUCUGAAAAAAUAGCAAGAGAUUGCAUUCGAUUCCUGAAAGAAGAAAGAGCUGAAGCUGAGACGUUCCUUGCUCUGGAUAACCUUGAUAUCAAGCCUAUCAAUGAAAGGCUCAGGGAGAUAAAAGGCUCCAAGAUGGUGAUAGAUGUUGUGCAGACCCAGCUUCCGCAGCUGAAGAAGGUCAUCCAGUUUGUGUGCGGCAACGGGCUUGUGUGCGAGACUGUGGAAGAAGCCCGGCACGUGGCCUUUGGCGGGUCCGAGCGGCUGAAGACAGUAGCUCUGGAUGGAACAUUGUUUUUGAAAUCGGGAGUCAUUUCUGGAGGGUCGAGUGACUUAAAAAUCAAAGCCAAAUGCUGGGAUGACAAGGAACUAAACAAAAUGAAGGAAAGAAGAGACCAGCUCACCAGUGAGCUAAAGGACAUGAUGAAAAUACGCCAUAAAGAAACAGAUUUGAGGCAAAUACAAUCAUUGUUACAAGGAACUCAUACCCGACUCAAAUAUUCUCAGAACGAAUUAGAGAUGAUUAAAAAGAAGCAGCUGGCCGCUUUUCACAAGGAACAGUCCCAGCUACAGAGCGAAUUACUGAAUAUUGAAUCGCAGUAUACCAUGCUGAGUGAUGGCAUCAAGGAAAGAGCACAAAAAAUCACUGACUUCCAAGAAAGGAUAGAUAAGGUGGAAGAUGAAAUUUUCCAUGAUUUCUGUGAAGAAAUUGGCGUCGAAAACAUACGUGAAUAUGAAAACCAGCACGUGAAACAGCAGCAAGAAAUUGACAAGAAGAGGCUGGAGUUUGAGAAACUGAAAACUCGACUGAACGUUCAGCUUGAAUAUAGCCACAACCAACUGAAGAAGAAGACGAAUAAGGUUUCUGCCCUGAAAGAGGCCGUCCUCAAAGACACAAGCGACAUCGAGAGUCUGAAGGAGGUGGAAGAAAGCUGCCUGCGAGUUGUGGACGAUCUCAUGGCUCAGCGGCAGCAGCUGAAGGACGUGUGUACCGCGCAGAACACGGACAUUGAACAGAUGCAGGGCCAGGUGGAGGAGGCGCGCAAGAAGCUUCUGGCCAUCAACAGGGAGGUGGGCAAGAUGCAGAAGGAGACGGUCGCCGUCCAGACGGCCCUGGAGCAGCAGCGGCUCGAGAGGCACAACAUCCUGCUCGCCUGCAAGGUGCAGGACAUCGAGGUCGUCCUCCUGUCGGGCUCCCUGGACGACAUCAUCCACGUGGCGGUGGGUGCAGAACCUGAGAGCACGCAGAGCACCAUCGCCAUGUAUGAGCAGGAAGGGACCCUGCAGAUAGACUACAGCAGCCUCCGAGGAGACCUGAAGGAUCUGGAGUCUGACAAGGAGGUAAAGACUCAGCUGGGGCUCCUGCAGCAGCAGCUGGCGACCCAGGAAGACGUCUUACUGAAGACCACGGCCCCCAACCUGCGAGCCCAGCAGAACCUGCAGACCGUCCGCAACAAGUUCCAGGAGUCCAUCGAUGCUUUCGAGGCCAGCAGGAAGGAAGCCAGGAUCUGUAGACAAGAGUUUGAGCAGGUGAAGAAGAGGAGAUACGACCUCUUCAGCCAGUGCUUUGAGCACGUCUCACUGUCCGUCGAUUAUAUCUACAAAAAGCUCUGCAGAAACAGCGGUGCCCAGGCGUUCCUCAGCCCCGAGAACCCAGAAGAGCCUUACCUGGAAGGGAUCAGCUACAACUGCGUGGCUCCGGGCAAGCGCUUCAUGCCCAUGGAGAACCUGUCCGGGGGGGAGAAGUGCGUGGCGGCGCUGGCCCUGCUGUUCGCCGUGCACAGCUUCCGUCCUGCGCCAUUCUUUGUCCUCGACGAAGUGGACGCGGCCUUGGACAACACAAACAUCGACAAAGUGUCGAGCUACAUGAGGGAGCAGACGCGGGAGCACUUCCAGAUGAUCGUCAUUUCUCUCAAGGAGGAGUUCUACUCCAAAGCCGACGCCCUGGUGGGCAUCUACCCCGAGCAAGGGGACUGCAUGUUCAGCAGAGUCCUGACCCUGGACCUGUCCGUGUACCCGGACAGCAACAACAGGGAGCACCGAGGCAGGCGCCGCAACGGCCGCUCCCUGCUCGCCUGAGACCCCCCCACUUUGGGGUACCCCCGGGGAAUAAAUCUUGUUGCAGA